AUGGCGAACCUAGAAGCCGGCAGGAGCAGCGGUGGUGCACCGAGAGGUGAGUAUAAAGUGUUCCUGAGUUUUAGAGGAACCGACACUCCUUAUGGAAUCAUAGACUGCAUCUAUCACGCCUUGGUAGAUGCAGAUAUUCGCGUCUUCAGGAACAAAGAUGAACUCCGUAUAGGGGAAGUGAUUAACAGAGAGCUGCUUCAAGCUGUUGACAACUCCGUACUCUACACACCUAUCUUUUCUGGAAAUUAUGUUAUCAGUAAUUGGUGCCUCCGCGAGCUCGCUAGGAUAUGGUUGUAUAGUGAUGCCCUCUUGGAGCACGAGAAGAAAUUCCAUGAAGAACUCAUCAGAAUUCAUGGAAUAGGAAAAACUGCAGCAGCCAAGGUCGUCUUCAACCAACCAUGUUCACACUUUGGAAAGCGAUGCAGCUUCCCUGAAGACAUUCGAAAAGAGUUAACGAAGGAUGGCUUAGUCAAGUUGCAAGAGAAAUUGUUGUUGGACAUAGCUAAUUCUAGAGCAAUAGGAAGAAUUCUUGAUGCUGAUUAUGCCAUGAGGAUGACCAAAGAAAUAGCUUACAAAUACAUACACCUAUUAGGAUGUCCAUGA